ACAGUGCGGCAUUGUUCAUGUGUGUGUACCUUUGAAAAACACGUGAAAAUAAUAACCUCAAAAAAUGGGUGUGAAGGAAAAUCGGGAAAAAUUGAAUAAUUCAGAAACUGAUGAUUUAAUUUUAAGAAAGAAAGGAGGAGGAAGUAUUAUAGACCAUAGACCACUAUUUUCCAGCGAUGGAGAAAUUUUAUUCAUUAUAUGGAAGCAAACAAUUAGAGCUUACAGUGCUCAGACAGGAGAUUUUGUUCGAGAAUUCGAACAAGCUGAAGGCAGAAUAAUUGGAAUUGCCUUGCAUCCAAACUUUUCUAAUACAGUUAUCGGUUGUAUUAAUACAGGACAGUUAAUUUUUUGGGAUUGUCACAGUGGCUUAAUCACGUCAAACUUGAAAUUGGAAUUGGAUUCUUCGUCGGACUUGAAAAUAAAGUAUUUUCAUCUUUUACGAUACAAAAAUCAAAAAGGAAAUCCCGUUCAUCAGAUUCUUGUUAGUUACACUCUUAACAAUCCAGAUCUUAUUUGCUUAUCUGUCUAUAAUUUAAAAGGCAAAACAUGCAUUGUGUCUAAAACAAUAACACGAGAAAGCAACAUCUACUACAUUGACAUUAUUGGGAAUUACGGAGACAAUUUAAUUGCUGUAGGUCAACAAAAUUCUGUUUUUAUUUUGGAUCCUGCUCACAAUUUAUCCAUGAAAGUUACCAAAGUAAAUAGAACAAUAACGUGCAUCGCUGGACAUCCAGAUGAUCAAUGCGUUGCAGUUGGAGAUUCAAGCGGUCGAGUAGUUCUAAUGAAAAAUCUACAACAAAAGCCAAGUGAAUCCUCCUAUCAUUGGCAUACUCUACCAGUUAUUAUUAUAGCUUUUAGUAAAUCCGGUGGUCACAUGUACACUGGAGGUGGAGAAUGUGUAUUGGUGAAAUGGACACUUUCGAAUACACAAAAUAAGGCUUUUUUGCCCAGAUUGCCGGCACCAAUCAAGCACAUUACAAUUGCUCCAGAAAAUAUUUAUAUAGCUAUUUCUACUUUAGACAAUGGAAUUUCGGUUGUUAAUCCACAAUUGAAACUUACAUCCGUGAUACAAAGAUUUACAUGGGGAGUUAUGAGUUCAUCUAAAAGUUUAUUCACCGCUGGUCUUAUUGUUGAUCCUCGCACUGGAAGUCUGGUCUUAAAUAGUCGCACUGGUUUCGUCCAGUUUUACGAUAUUCAUACUAAGAAUCUCUUGUAUAACGUAAAUAUAACAUCACAAAAUUUAUUAUCCCAAGAAAGAAGUGCAGUGAUUGUAAACACUGAAGUGACGAAAAUUGCCUUGAAUUAUGAUGGAACCUGGAUGGCGACAGUGGAACAACGUGACGACGACGUUUCAUACACGGAAGUUAGAUUAAAGUUCUGGAACUUUGACGCAAAGAAUCAAGUUUUCGUACUGAAUACAUCCGUUGAAUUCCCACACGAGAAUGGAAUUAAUGCUCUUAAGUUUCAACCUAAUACCUCGUUGAACGGAUAUGACCAUUUUGUUGUAACUUCUGGGAAGGACAACAAAUUUAAAUUGUGGAAUCUUGUCGAUCCGGAAUCUACGUACAAACAAUCGAAAUUCUGGCAAUUUUAUAGUGUUGGAUUUUAUCGACAACUUCCAUCGACUGAUGCAGCAUUUUCCAUCGAUGGAUCAAUUUUGGGUGUUGGUUUCGAAUCGAGUUUGACUUUGUGGGCUCCAGAGUCCAUGAAUUUAAAGGCCACUCUUUCUCACAUUCUUUAUCCACAGACAAUAACGCAUGUAGAAUUUGGUAAACAAGAAUCGUGCCAUUUAAUUGUGACUGGAUCAGCGGAACAUAUAGCUGUUUGGGAUAUGUUAACGCUUCGCCUCAAGUGGAGCGUGCCCUUGAAACUCUCUACAAUAACUGCGGAUCCUUAUACUACUUAUUUUGCAGCUUUUACAACGGAGAAUACAUUGUUUGUAUUCACACCAGAAAGUCCAAAUUACAUUUACAAAAGACCGAAUGUAAUUGAAAACGAUAGUUCAGUACUAGGAGCAACAUUUAUUCCACUCAAUCGAGAAAGGAAAACAUCGAAAUUGAAUCAGUGGCAGAAAAAAUCGCAAUUGUUCUUUUUGGACUCUAAUCAAGAACUUUUAACAUUGGAAUCGCAAUCGGAAUCUGAAGUUUCUUUGGAAACUUUAACGUUAAAUAAAAAUCUGCCAGCAACGGCAUUCGCUCGAAUUUUGGCAGCUGAAAAUCCAACGAGUAGAGAAAAAACAUUUUCAUUUGUACAUGAAAAUCCCGGUUACUCGGAAAAAACUUUUGGUGAAGAAUUUUUCGGGGAUGUUCCUUGUCACACUUUACCACCACUGAGGAUGAUUUUCGAAACUUUUUUCCUUCGAGCUGCUCAAGCUGCUGUUAAAUCCGAAGAUGAAAACUUAUCCAGCCAAAAUGGAACGGAUGACCUAAAAGAUAAUUCUGAUGAUAGCGAUGAAGACGAGCCGCUAACAAUGAAAAGAGAAUUUUCAAAGCACGUGAAAGAAGAGAAAAAAGAAAAGACUAUUGUUGAGGAGAAUUUGCAAUUAAUCAGUCAGGACUGGUCAGUUUUGUCUCAUAUAGUGCCAAGUCGAGAGGAUAGUUAGAGAAAUUAUCAUGACGUAUUUUUAUAAUUUAGAUUUAACGUUUAUAUUAAAUUUUAUUACACCCAAAGGCGUAACUGACAUUGAUUUCUAUUACAGAAAUAUUUAUUAAUAAUGUAUUAUAAUAAAUAUUGUUGAUUUUUUUAUACA